AUGCGCAACGUCUUAUGUGAGGUUCAGGGCAAUAUCCUGAAAGCAUUUUACCCAGAGUACUCUUAUUUAACCGUCUUGAGUUUAAUUGCAUUGCAGGGUGGAGACUUGAGAUAUUGUCAAAAGUGCUCUCAUUAUAAACCUCCUCGUGCGCACCAUUGUCGUGUUUGCAAAAGAUGUGUUCUGAGGAUGGACCAUCACUGUGUCUGGAUAAAUAAUUGUGUUGGGCAUGCAAAUUACAAAGUUUUCUUAGUUUUUGUGUUGUAUGUUGUGAUUGCCUGCAUUCACUCUAUGGUUCUUCUCUUUGGCAGUGUUGUUCAUGAUAUGCACAAGGAUCAACAGCAGAAUGGAGGCUCUUUUAGGACAUCAUAUAUUAUUUGUGGUGUUUUGCUUAUUCCCCUUACAUUGGCGUUAAGUGUUCUUUUGGGUUGGCAUAUCUAUCUGAUCUUGCAUAAUAAGACAACUAUAGAGUAUCAUGAAGGAGUGAGGGCCAUGUGGUUGGCAGAAAAAGUUGGAAAUAUUUAUAGACAUCCAUUUGACCUUGGUGUCUAUGAAAACCUAGUUUCGGUUAAGUGUAUUUCAUGGCAUGGACUAAUUGAUGUUGAAUUUUGUAUAAUGUAG